AUGACUAAUUAUCUGGUAGAACAUGCCUACUAUGGAGCUUCGUUCAAGGCAAAUCGUGACGAUAAUCCUGAUCAGAGAAUAUCUGCCGAUAUCGCAUCGUAUAUAACACAUACGUCUGAUUUGACAAUUGGUGCAAUCCACGCAAUAGCUUCAUUUAUUUCACAUGUGUUUAUUUUAUGGUCUUUAUCGAGUGUGAUCGAAAUUCCUAUAACACAAUAUGUCUCAUAUAAAAUACCAGGUGGUUUGAUGUGGGUAGCUAUUUUUUAUGCCGGACUCGGUACACUAAUAACGGAUCGCAUUGGUCGCAAUCUGAUGACUUUAAAUUAUGAACAAGAACGUCAUGAAGCCAAUUUUCGCUAUGAGCUCGCUCGACUUCGCGAUCAUGUCGAAUCGGUGGCAUUGUAUCAUGGUGAAUUACAUGAACAUGCAACUUUAACUACACUGUUCUCUGCAGUUAUGUCAAACUUUCGUGGGAUUAUGCGUUGUUCACUUAACCUCAAUUGGUUCUCGUAUUCAUUUAGUCAUCUAUCAGAUAUAUUUCCGUACCUAGUCGCUUCGACUCGCUACUUCUCGAAAGAGAUUACUCUCGGUGAUUUGACACAAAUUGGAUCAUCUUUUACACGUGUACAAACAUCGCUUUCAUUUGUCGCCAAAUCUUACGCUAUAAUUGCACAGUGGAGAGCCGAAACAAAACGGCUUAUUGAUCUAGACAAUGCUUUACAGGAUUUGCAUGAAGCAAAGCGAAAUUCUAAAAUUAAAAUUGUCCAUAAAUUGCAAGAACAGAAUAUUCGAAUAGAAGGAUUGACCGCACAAUUACCAUUAAGUAUCGAUGCUAAUUCUCCACAAAUACUCAUUGCAAAUUUUAAUUGGAUCUUUGAACCAUAUCAAUCUGUACUUAUCACAGGUCCAUCCGGUUGUGGAAAAUCGACUCUACUUCGAAUACUUGCUGGAAUUUGGCCGUACGGUCAUGGAACAAUUACUAUGCCUCUUAGUGAUACAAUCGAAUUUAUUCCACAAAAGCCGUAUUGUCCACUUGGAGCUCUUCGUUAUUGUUUUACUUAUCCAUCAACAACGCCACGGUUAUCAAAGGACGAUGCAAAUAUCGAACGCAUAAUGCGUCUUUGUCAACUCGAAUCAUUGGUAAAUCGUUUAGAUGAUAUUGAAGAUUGGUCUCUCAUACUGUCAUCGGGCGAACAACAAAAAAUGAUUUUUGUUCGAAUUCUUCUUCAUAGACCGAAAUGGAUUUUUUUAGAUGAAGUGACAUCAUCAUUAGAUGAAAGAUCUGAAACAUAUUUAUAUUCGACUUUACUUCGAGAACUCGACUCCUAUUCUACCAUAAUCAGUGUUGGACAUCGAAAAAAUCUUCAACAAUUUCAUCGAAUUCAAUUGCAAUAUGUUGAUGGACAAUUCACACAAGUUAAUCAACUCAUUGAGAUUCAAUAG